UGCUCCCAGCUCUGCCUGCCCCGCCGCGAGCUCUUACGACAUCCAGCCGGGCCAAAAAAUGAUGUGUAACCUCUCAAAGACACACACACACACAGGGAGGAACACACACACUCGGAAACUUUUACAUAGUUUUCUGCAUUCCUUUCCGGUGAUGGAGGGCUUCUGUGCGUCUCGGCCGCAAGGAGACAGCAGCGCAGAUCUGCUUUUCGGGAAGAGGGGGAACUGACUGAGGCUUUUACCCCCUUUUUCAUUUCAUGAAUCAAUGGGAAAAUAUUACACAGUCUUGUUAACUAAACCCCAGGAUGGAUCAUGGUGGAGAACAGAGACUGAAACCUGGUCUGAGAAAGUACGCCUGUGAACUCACACUGGACACAAACACAGCGGACAGGUUCCUCAGACUGUCCGACAGAAACAAGAAGGUUACGCUGGUGAGGGAGGAGCAGCCGUAUCCCGAUCGUCCCGAGAGAUUUGACCGCCUGCAGCUGCUGUGUGCGAGCGGUCUGAGCGGUCGCUGUUACUGGGAGGUGGAGUGGAGAGGAGAGGUUCAUAUCGCAGUGACGUACAGGCGAGUUGAAAGGAGAGGAGGCGGUUCCGACUGCUGGUUCGGAGGAAACGAUCGGUCCUGGAGUCUGAACUGCUCGAAGAGUUGUUACUCUGUUUGGCACAAUGAGAAAAAGACAGACGUCGUUCUUCCCUACUCCUCGCAGUCUAUGUGGACUGUCCUGCCGGCACUCUGUCCUUCUACACAGUCUCCUCUCAGACACUGAUCCACCUCCACACCUUCAA